AUGAAGACACUUCAGGUUACCUCCGUCCUAGCCUUCGCGGCUCAGACCGCUGCCCACGGCUACAUCUAUAGUGUCAAUGCAGACAAUACUGUCUACCCAGGGUGGGAUGUCGAGAUCGAUUCCACCUACACGCCUGCUCUGGCUCGCAUUGCUUUCGGCGGUGGUAGUGUCAACCCCAUCACUAACACCACCACCAAUGACCUUGCCUGCAACAUCAACCACAUGCCAGCUCCCGGUGCCAUCGCCGAAGUCCGUGCCGGUUCUAAUAUUUCGUUUCACUGGUCAAGGUGGCUCUACAGUCAUAAAGGCCCAAUUACAGCGUGGAUGGCCCCGUACGAAGGAAGCGUUGAUGCUAUCGACGUUAAUAAACUUGCCUUCUUCAAAAUCAAAGAAGAGACUGUCGGCGCGGACGGCAUUUGGGCCAAUGUUCGGAUGAUGAAUUUUACCAAUGAUACUUAUACAGCCACUAUUCCUGCCGAUAUAAAACCUGGAACCUAUAUCAUUCGAAAUGAGAUUGUCGCGCUUCACUUCGCUUUAUCUGUUCCGGCCAACCUCGCAGGGUUCAACUCAGUUGGCCCUCAGUUCUACCCAACCUGCUUCAAUCUCCGCGUAACAGGUUCCGGCACCGCCACGCCCCUAGGCGUAAAUUUUCCGGGUGCAUAUAGUGCGACAGACCCUGGACUCAAAUUUGACGUCUAUUCCAACGACACCAACUACCCCUCGCUUGGCCCUGCUGUCUAUAAAAGCAAGACCAGCGUGGCCUUGGAACCAAAGAGUCUCACUGUUGUCAGUCCUACCGGCAAUGACGCAGCCGAUGCGGAUUACUACGCGAAGCAGGUCACGGAACUUGAGGGCAGGGCUAGCACUUCGGCGUACUUCGACUCCAUUGGAGGUUGA